AUUUUGCGGUGCUUCAGUGUGUGUUUGUUUGAAUUUUAAUUGCAUUAAUUACAUUUAUCAUUUUUAAAAUGUGGUGGAUUUUACGUCGAGCUCGGAUCACAGGCGCGUCGCUUUUCAGCCAGGCGUCCGGGACCGCCAAUAAUAACACCAAUAAAACAGAAACACGGCCACAACGUAAAGAUUACAAUCAGCUAUCGUCCAAUGAAAAACUUGACAACAGAAAAAUUGAAGAUGUGCACAUAGAUGAAGCCGAAGUAGAUUCCGACGCAAGCAGUACUGACUUAGACGAGCGAGACACGCGCAGUGUUUGCCCGCCUUGUACGCAUGAUCGAUACAACAACAACGUCCGAAGGCGCGCCCAUGAUGAUUUUAGCGAUGAUAGUGAUUACGAUGAAGCACUGACCUGCAACGUUUGUGAUAGAUCAUUCCCGAGUCGACGUCAGCUCAGUGACCACCAGCAGAAGAAAAGACAUUUUGGCUGCAGCUCCUGUGACAGUCUGUUCCCGUCGCUGAUGGCGCUCGAGCACCACAAGGAGGAGUUUCAGCACUGGAGCGACUCCUCCUACUGCUCGCACAGCGAUUCUGACGAGAGCGACGAAUGUCAUGAAGACAGGCAUCGAUUACUAUAAUGCCACCAUCUCAUUAUUGCCGGGGACAAACCAGCCGAGCUGGGCACUUUUGUUUAGUACCCUCUAGGAGCCUAGAUUGUAGGCGUGAUGCAAAUUCAGAUGUACAAUAACGUAACCAAUAUUCUUGAUCAUUGUUUAGUUUUAAAUUGAUUUUUAAGAUUUAUCUCAAUAGAGACUGCAAUGAAAAAACAAUUGAACAUCCUAGUCAAACUUAUUUUGAAAAAAAGUCAUUAAAUUUGGUUAAUAUUGACUAAUAUAAGAUGGACCUAUAUCAUGUAACUACUGUAUUUAGUAUCUCCGGAAAUAUUAUUUUUGCUAAGAAAGUGAUUGUCUGUAAAAACUUGCCAAUCCGCCAUACUCAUAAUUAAUUAUUUACUAAGUAUAUAUAUAUGAUUUGCGGACUUCAGAAAAUUUAUACUUCCGACUCUAGAAUAGAAAAUAUUUAAAUUUCAAUACUUACUUAAU